AUGGACUCAGACGAGGGGUACAACUACGAGUUCGACGAGGACGAGGAGUGUAGUGAGGACAGCGGCGCGGAGGAGGACGAGGAGGACGAGGAGGAGGACGAGCCCGACGAUAACCUGGACCUGGGCGAGGUGGAGCUGGUGGAGCCCGGGCUGCGCGUCGGCGGGGAGCGCGACGGGCUGUUGGGCGGCGAGACUGGCGGGCUGGGCCCCGGCGGCGGCGGCGGCGGUGGCGGCCUGGGCGGCGGGCCGGGCCCCGGCGGCGGCCCCGAGCAGGAGGAGGAUUAUCGCUACGAGGUGCUGACGGCCGAGCAGAUCCUGCAGCACAUGGUGGAGUGCAUCCGCGAGGUCAACGAGGUCAUCCAGAAUCCAGCGACUAUUACUCGAAUACUGCUUAGCCAUUUCAACUGGGAUAAGGAGAAGCUGAUGGAGAGGUACUUUGAUGGCAACUUGGAGAAGCUCUUUGCAGAGUGUCAUGUAAUUAAUCCAAGUAAAAAAUCUCGGACACGCCAGAUGAACACGAGGUCAUCAGCCCAGGAUAUGUCCUGUCAGAUCUGCUAUCUGAACUACCCAAACUCGUACUUUACUGGCCUAGAGUGUGGACACAAGUUCUGUAUGCAGUGCUGGAGUGAAUAUUUAACUACCAAAAUAAUGGAGGAAGGCAUGGGACAGACCAUUUCAUGCCCUGCCCAUGGCUGUGAUAUCUUAGUGGAUGACAAUACAGUUAUGCGUCUGAUCACAGAUUCCAAGGUUAAAUUAAAGUACCAGCAUCUAAUAACCAAUAGUUUUGUAGAGUGUAAUCGACUGUUAAAGUGGUGUCCUGCCCCCGACUGCCACCACGUCGUCAAAGUCCAAUAUCCUGACGCCAAACCCGUGCGCUGCAAAUGUGGGCGUCAGUUCUGCUUUAACUGCGGUGAAAACUGGCAUGAUCCUGUUAAAUGCAAGUGGUUAAAGAAAUGGAUUAAGAAGUGUGAUGAUGACAGUGAAACUUCUAAUUGGAUUGCAGCCAACACAAAGCAGGAAAACAGGGCAGUCAUGCUCGUCGAGGCAGGUCUUGUGCCUGCACAGCUGUUGGCUUCAGGGACUGAGAGUCAGAGCCCAAAGUCUGCGUUGAAUUUCUUCAUUUUGAAGAACGUAGAAAGGAAUCAGGAAUGCCCGAAAUGCCACGUCACCAUCGAGAAGGACGGGGGCUGCAACCACAUGGUCUGUCGGAACCAGAACUGCAAGGCGGAGUUCUGCUGGGUGUGUCUGGGCCCCUGGGAGCCCCACGGAUCUGCCUGGUACAACUGUAAUCGCUACAAUGAGGAUGAUGCAAAGGCAGCAAGGGAUGCACAGGAGCGAUCCCGAGCAGCCCUGCAGAGGUACCUGUUCUACUGCAACCGCUACAUGAACCACAUGCAGAGCCUGCGCUUCGAGCACAAGCUCUACGCUCAGGUGAAGCAGAAGAUGGAGGAGAUGCAGCAGCACAACAUGUCGUGGAUCGAGGUGCAGUUCCUGAAGAAAGCAGUCGACGUCCUCUGCCAGUGUCGUGCCACACUCAUGUACACUUACGUCUUUGCCUUCUACCUCAAAAAGAAUAAUCAGUCCAUUAUCUUUGAGAAUAACCAAGCAGACUUAGAGAAUGCUACAGAGGUGCUUUCUGGGUACCUGGAGCGAGAUAUAUCCCAAGAUUCGCUGCAAGACAUAAAGCAGAAAGUACAGGAUAAGUACAGAUACUGCGAGAGCCGACGGAGGGUUUUGUUGCAGCACGUGCAUGAAGGCUACGAGAAGGACCUGUGGGAGUACAUCGAGGACUGAGCCCGGCCCUGCAGGAACGAACUCUGAACCCUUUCCCAUCUUAGAGUGCUCAUGCAAUUCCAAUAAAACCCACCCAGGGCGCUGCUCCGCCUCUUACACCGCU